AUUUUACAAGAUAAUAUUUAAUAAAUGUACUUUGUUUUUCAGGAAACCCUAUGUUCAGUAAGUUGGAGAUUUGUAAAGCCUCGCAUAAUCAAGGUCCUUGCACUGGAGGUCAAAAGAUUAUUGUACUUACAAAAAAAAUUAGACAAAAAUAAUAUAAGCAUACAAUUUUUUGAGAGCUCUAAGAGUCCAAAGCAUGGAUGGCAGUCAUAUGUUGAGAUCGGUCCCGGACGAUGUUCACCAGCAAUGUGCCAUCAUAUUCAGGACUCCACCAUACAAGAACCAGAACAUACAAGAAAAUGUGACUGUCUAUUAUCGUAUUGUUCGGUCUACGCAGUCUUCACCCUGUCCUUUCAGCAACUCAAAGAAGUACACAUAUCUGCCCUGCUGUCGAAUAAGUAAGUCACCUCAUAAUUUUCAAAAUACAUAAUAGCAGUUUCUCUCCCUUUUAUAUAAAUGUUCAAGUUUACUAACAGGAUGUGUCCGUUGAACGUCAUAAAUUGACUUUAAUUCAGUAAAAGAUAUUCAAUUUCACUCUUCUUGUACAUUAAGUUACGUUUCAGAUUCAACCAAAAGUGUGAUUGUACACCAUUUAUAUUUUAUCAAAGUUAAAUUUUUUGUUUGGAAACAGUUUUUUCUGUUGUUGAAGAUUAAUUAAUCAGCUGACCUUCUAAGAAAUCGAUCGAAAUUCCAAAUAUUUUUAGCUCAAUUCAAUUUGUUUAUUUCCAUUAAAUAACAUAUAAGUUACAAUAAGCUUUGUCACAUAAGUCAAUUAAAUGGUAGCCCAAUGAUAUAAAUAAAAUAGUAGACAUUUAACUUCAUUGUAAAUUUGAUGUUGUAAGAUAAUUUAUUUUUUA